CCAGAGCCCACACGCGCAUUCAAUUGCUUUAAUCUCAUCAGCGAAUUCCCUCUCCAUUUUAUCCCCACUCUUUUCUUUUUCUUUCUCAUUGUCUUCUUUUAGCUUUUCUUCUUCAAACUCUCUCUUAGUUCUCCCAUCUGAGAAAGAGAAAACUCUGCAAUGGCGAAAGCAGUUUUGUUAAUGGCGCUUAGCUUCCUUCCGGCAUUGGCUUUGGCAACCCGUUGGGUGAAGGACCCCCUUGUAGUUGAAGGGAAAGUUUACUGUGACACCUGCCUUGCUGGUUAUGAAACCACCGCCACUACUUACAUCGCUGGAGCCAAGGUUAGAAUAGAAUGCAAGGAGAGGGUCUCAAACAAGAUUAUAUACAGCAAGGAGGCCACAACAGACUCAUGUGGAACCUACAAGAUGCUCAUUCCUGAGGACCAUGGUGAUGAAAUCUGUGAUGCUGUGCUAGUUAGCAGUCCUCAGUUCGACUGUGCCACUGCAUCCCCAGGCCGCGACCGCGCACGUGUCAUUCUCACGGAGAACAAUGGCAUUGCAACUAAGAAUCGUUUUGUCAAUGCAAUGGGAUUCACUAGGACUGACGCCCUUGCUGGCUGCGCUGAUGUUCUCAAGCAGUAUGAGGAGACUGAAUAUGGAUACUAGAGAUGUGGUUUGAGUGAAGUUACUAUGAUGCUAAAUAUAUCUUGGUUUUGGCAUAUCCUUUUAUAUGUAUCUUUACUUAUUUAUUUAUUUUUUCCUUUUUCUUAUGGUUUUGUUUGUUUGAAAGUUUAAAAAGACCACCCUAUAAACUUAUUUGUUAAUGGAAUCUACUAAGAAAUUAUUGAA